AUGGACGACGCCGGAAUGUCGCUUUUCGAAGGGAUGGACUUCGUCGAUCCCUCCACACUCCUCUCCCCACCCCGCGCCAUCACCCCGUCAUUCGAGUCGCCUGACUCCUCCCGCGCCGCUCCUCCCGCCGACGCGCAGCACCAAGAGCUUCCCUCAGCAGGCGAUCUCGCCAAGCCGGGCUCUUCCUCUCAAUCCCCGAUACAAGCUUCCUCAUCCGCUUCGUUACAGGCAUCUGUACCUCCGGAAGGCACAGACGAAGCGAUAAAGUCCGCACCGCUGGACGCUUCGCUGUUCACUUCGGAACCCGCCGCCACACCAGCGGACACGUCACCAGCCAAGUCAGCAGCCUCUGCAGCAGCCAUUGCGGGAUCGGCAGCGGGAAGUCCAUCGCCGCUGUCUCCCGCAGCCGCCCUAGCAGCCCUCUCGCCUUCCGUUGCCGUCCUCUCGCCGUCCCUGCUUCCUGUAACGGCACCGGCCAGCAGCGGCGGCUCGCCCAUUGUCGGCUCUCCUAGCGCCAGCGUGGCAGGCUCGGCGGCCUCCUCAGGGAGCGUGUUAGCCGGUUCCGUUGCCAAGCCUGUCGGCCUGGUUCGGAAGAAGAAGCGGAGCAUCAGGAUCGGGUACGAGCGGGACUCUGCGGAGGAGUCAGCAGGUUCGGCGGGGACAGUGGCGGCGAGAUCUGCGGACGCGAGUGGCAGCAAUCAGGCAGCAGGAUUGGCAGGUUCGCAUAGCAGCCAAUCAGAGACGGAGAUUGUUGCUGGCGACGGAGAGGAAAGAGGAGAGGCUGGGGCGCCGGUCAGGGGGGGUCGUGUGGAAGAGCGGGGGGAGGAGGGGGGCGGUGGCGACGGGCACGCUGCAGCUGGUGCGGAUGGCAAGGCAGCCGAGGGUUUGGAUGCUACUCGUGGCUCUGAGGCUGCUGCUGCUGCUGCUGCUGCUGACGACAGCAAAGCUGGCAGUGACGUCAUGACAGAUGAGACGAAGAAGGGUGUGUUUAGUGCGUACUCAGCAGCCAAUGGGAUCGCAGAAACUAUUGAGGUGGAGGAGAAGAAGUCGGUUGUAGAGGCAGCAGCAGAACCUGCUGACGUGGCAGGAAGUGCAGAAGUGGGGAGUCAAGAUGGAGAGCAUGAAACUGCUGAUCUGUCGCCUCCUCCAGCCAUGUCAGCCGACCAUCCUGCUGAUGCAGCAACGUCAGGCUCGGACGAAGCAGGAAAGGAGGGAACGGAGGCUACAGGGGCAGAUGGGGCAGAAAGGAAGGAAGGGGGAACAGAAGAGACAGCAGGAGCCAUGGCGACAGGGAGGGAAGACACAGGGGGUGCGGAGGGUGGGGAGGGAGAAAACGAUGUUGGGGAGGCAGAAGCUGGUCUGGGGGGAGAGCUAGAACAACAAGUGAAGCGCCUCCUUGCUGACGUGGCAGCUAAUCUGACCGCUGUCCAGGCCAAGAUCCGCGAUGCCACAUCAGCACGGAAACGGGCGGUCCAGAUGCGCCGGCAGGCAGCUCAGCGGGCGGCAGCCGCUGCGAAGCGAUUGGAGGAGAUUGAAACUGAGCUGGCAGCGGCGUGCGAGGCGGAGGAGUUUGAGCUAGCGGACGAGCUGAGCCAGCGGGCGGAGCGGGCGGCGGGCGAGGUGAAGGACUGGGGGGGCGAGGUGGCGCAGGCGGAGGAGCAGGUGGCGCGGUGCAGCAGUGACGUGCUGCGACUGACGAGUGAGGAGGCAGAGAUUGAGGUCGGGGCUGCUGAGGCCCUGCGACGCAUUCACAGGGUGAGUGGCGGGAUGGGCAGUGAGAAGGGGGGUGGGAUUAGCUGGAGUACCCUUCUGAGAAUUCUCAAAAGUGACACACACAUAUCCGUCUCCACUCCCCCUGCUUCUCGCUCUUUCCCCUCUCCCCAAUUUCUCGCUGUCUGCUGCCAGCAAGCAGCAGCUGCUGCCGCAGAAGCCAAGCAAGCAGCGCAGCAGCAGGGGGAGGAGGAGGAGGGGCGGGUGGCAGCAGAGGAGGCUGACGUGGACAUCAAGAAGCGCAAGCUGGCGGUUGAGCGGCGCGUGCUGGAUGAGGAACGCGCUGAGCUGGCAGCCAAGGUGGACGCUGCCACGUCAGCGGAGCGCCAGGAGCGUGAAGAGCUGGAGAAGGGGCGUGCUGAGCUGGAAUCUGAGCUGGCAGCGCUGAUGGAGCAAGUGCGAGCAAAGGAGCAGGAGAUAGAGCAGCAGAGCGUGCUUAUAGCGAAGGUGGAUGGGAAGAUCUCAGCCGUUGCUGGCAGGUUUGAGAAAGUGAGGGGAGGAUUGGAGGAGGAAGAGAGGAAGGUGGUUCAGAUGGAGGAGGAAGUGAGGGAGAUGGAGAAGCGCGUGGAGGAGGGGAGGAGGAGGGUGGUGGAGGUGGUGGAGGAGGGGAGGAGGGUGGCGGAGGGACUGGAGAAGGUGGGGAGCAGGGCGGAGGAGGAGGCUGAGAGGCUAGAGCAGGCGGUGGAGGGGAGGAGGAGGGAGGCGGAGGAGGUGAGGGCGGUGGCGCAGCGGCGGGAGGAGCUGGCAGCCGCGGAGAAAGACGCCCAGGCGGACCUGGAGGCGCUUGGGCAGGCCAUGGGCGAAGUGAAGACGAGCCUGCAGGGGGGCGGGGUGGCUGUAGGAAUGGGUGCAAGUAUGGGAGAGGGAGGGAAGAUUGAAGGAACAGGGGAUGGGGCGGGGGUCACGCUGGUUGGGCUUACUGACAGCACUGCCGUUGCAGAAUGCCUGGUGCAGCUUUUUCCUCCUGUUCCACUCCCCUCCUUCCCUGACGCCCCCCACUUUCAUGCCCCCCCACCUUCAUCCUGCCCCACCUUCUCCUCACCACUGCCUCUCGCCCCACAGGAGCUGAGUGCGGCGCGCCAGAAGGCCCAGGAGGAGCUGGCCGCGGUGCACCAGCGCCUGGCCGCUGCCGCCCGCCGCAUCCCCGAGCUCGACGCACAGAAAAAGGCGGCGGCCGCCGCCCGGAACUUCAAGGAGGCCGCCCGGCUGGCCGCCGAGGCAAAGCUGUUUUCCAACGACCGUGAGGCGGCAGAGCGGCAGGUGAAGGAGUGCGGGGAGGAGAUUGCACGCGUGGAGCGGGAGGAGGCGGGGAAGCAGGAGGAGGUGUGUGCGAUGGAGGAGAUGGUGAGGGAGCGCGAGCGGGAGGUGGGCGUGGCACGGUGUGCGCGGCUGAGACUGGUGGCGGCGGUGGCACGGCGGGAGAUGGAGGCGGCGGCGGAGGGGGAGGACUGGGAGGAGGCGGAGGGGCUGCAGGGGGAGGCAGAGGCGGCUGAGAGCGAGGCGGAUGCGGUGCAGCUGCAGUGGGGGCUGCAGGGGGAAGAGUAUGAGCGCAGGGAGUGA